AUGGCCAAGCGGCUGCUGGUGGCCUACGGGCUGUGGGCGCUGGGGGGGCCGCUGGGGCUGCACCACAUCUACCUGGGCCGGGACAGCCAUGCGCUGCUCUGGAUGCUGACGCUGGGCGGCUUCGGUGGCGGCUGGCUCUGGGACUUCUGGCACCUCCCUGGCUGGGUGGCCGCCGCCAACGGGGCCGGAGCACCCAGGGACCGCAGUGGGUCCGUGCCGGCCCUCAGCCCCCUGCGCCUGGCGGGGCAGGUGAUGGUGGGGAUGUAUUUCGGGCUGGUGGCGGCACUGGGGCUGCCCUGGGUGCCGGCGCUGCUGGCACAGCCCCUGGCCGUGGGGCUGGGGGUGCAGCUGGUCUCCUCGGUAGGGGACCAGACGACGGAGGCACCCAGCAUCCUGGCCGCAGCCUUCCUGGCCUCCCUCCUCUUCCAGGGCCGGGUGCUGGCGGUGCUGCCUGCCAGCCUGGCCGCCAGCGUCGCCGCCCAGCGACACCGGCGCUACAAGCCCCACGGGAUGCCACGGCCCCGGCUGGCUGCCCGGCUCUACCACCUGGGGCUGGCGUGCCUGGCCUUCGCCGCCCCGCUCGCCUGCCGCGGGCUCUGUGGCGCUGCCGGGGUGCUGGGCACCCUCCUGGCCCUGCCCCGUGCCGCCACCGAGCUCGUGCUCCUGCCCCUCCGCACCGGCCGGCUCCUGGCAGAGGUCCUGGGCUUCGCCGGCGGCUCUCCGGUGCGGGAGCGCGGCACCGGCUUCGACCCGAGCAGCUGGAGCGAGCGGCAGCAGCGGGCGUACGAGGUCCUGGGCCUCCCGUCCGGCUCCUCCGCCGAGGACGUGCACCGGAGCUACCGGGAGCUGGUGAAGGUUUGGCACCCGGACCACAACCGGCACCGGGCCGAGGAGGCCGAGAGGCGCUUCAUCGAGCUGCAGGAGGCCUACGAGGAGCUGGCGGGGCCCCGCAGAGCGGCGGCGGGGUGA